AGCAGCGGCAGUGUUGAAAAGUGAAAUUUAAGUAUGGUUACUUGUGUUGAUUGUGGUUUUAUACGUGUAUCAAAUUUAGUGCGCACUUAUGUUCACUGUUCUUUCUUUUGCUUCAUGCACAUUGUCUUCUCGUUAAUUAUUUGGUUUUAGAUAGUUGGUGAAGACCGUGAUACUACUCUCUGUACAAUCUUGUCAGCAAUUGCUGAGGAUUUAAAUCCUCAGUGUUCUUCCCAUUUGUACUGAUCUUGGUUACUAAUUAAUAGUAUUUCCCUAACAUUCAGUUGUUGGGACAAAUAUCAAAUUCUGGUGAAUAUCAAUGACGCUUAGAGAAAUGGAUACACCUUUUGUACUGUUCGUAAUUUCUGGAUAUCCAGUGUCUUUAUUUUCCGGUGUAUUCAUAUUCUUAUGGUGUACCUACCUUUGGGAAACAUAUUUAAGUAUACGUCAGAGAAGAAAAAUUAUCAACUCGACAAAUGUUCCAAGUGAAUUAUCAAGUGUUAUGGAUAAUGAAAGUUUUCAAAAGUCACGUCUUUAUGCUAUUGAUCGAUCAAACUUCUCUCUAGUCAGUGGUGUAUAUCAUAUUCUUGAAUUGUCAGCAGUCUUAUACUUUUCAUUUCUACCAUGGUUAUGGUAUACUGUUGUAAAGCAUUCAACCAUUUUAAAUGCUUAUGUUGUUGAGAAAUUCGGUAUUAAUAUGGGUCUUGGAGUAGACAGUGAGAUUAAGUGUUCCAUCAUAUUCUUCUUGUAUACAGCUUUACUCAUAUUUGUGGAUUCAUUCCCAUGGACAACUUAUAGCACCUUUGUAAUUGAAGCACGUCACGGUUUUAACAAACAGUCGUUUGGUUUCUUUAUCAAGGAUCAAAUUAAAUCGUUGUGCAUUUCAAUGCUUAUCGGUAUUCCAGUGCUGUCUUGUCUAAUAUGGAUUAUCAAAGCUGGUGGACGCUAUUUCUACAUAUAUGCCUUUGUAUUCACAGUAUUAGUUACUAUAUUCUUAAUGUUUGUGUAUCCAGAAUACAUUGCACCAUUGUUCGAUCAUUAUGAACCACUACCGGAUGGAUCUUUAAAGACGAAAAUAGAAGCGUUAGCAGCAUCUAUUAAGUUCCCAUUGAAAAAACUCCUGGUUGUUGAAGGCUCAAAACGUUCAGCGCAUAGUAACGCCUACUUCUAUGGAUUUGGUAAAAAUAAAAGAAUUGUUAUUUUUGAUACACUUAUUCGUGGUUUUAAAUUUCCCGGUAAAAGUGAAGAUACAACUGCAGCUACACAGGAGGAGACUAAAAAAGAAUCUGACCAGCGUGGUUGUUCAGUUGAUGAAGAAAUCUUAUCAGUUAUUGCACAUGAACUAGGACAUUGGAAGUUGAAUCAUACAAUUUAUAAUCUUUUCAUUGGGAAAGCAAAUCUAUUAAUGAUGUUUGUUAUAUUCGGUCUUCUAAUGGAUAUGAAUGUGUUAUUCACUUCUUUCGGCUUCAAAGAUAAUGAUACGCCGAUUAUGCUAAGAUUAAUUAUUAUUUUCCAGUUUAUAUUCUCUCCGUAUAAUACAGUCAUGGAUUUUAUGAUGACAGUUUUAUCUAGAAAAUUUGAAUUUCAAGCAGAUGCUUUUGCUGUAAAAUUAGGUUAUGGACAACAUUUAAAAUCUGCUUUAAUUAUUCUUUUAAAAGAUAAUUUAUCGUUUCCUGUAUGUGAUUGGUUGUAUUCCAUGUUCAAUCAUUCACAUCCACCAUUACUUGAACGUCUCAGUGCAAUUGAUGCCUACAAAUCUGAUUGA